AGGCUCGAACCUCAAAUCUCAAAAAUCGGUUUUAAUUAAAAAAGUUUACUUCUAGACUCCGGGUCCAGUUAAAAAUCUGUUAAUAAAAGGGCGAGUUGUAGUGGCGGCUGCUCUGUCAUUAACUGUAGUUUCUGGGAAGUUUCAAUUAGGACAGCGCAACACUUGAAUAAGCUUGACCUUUAUAAAGUGAAGGGCAGAUUCUUCUAACUAUGGAACAAUCCAGGUUUUCUGCUUACCUCCUUUGACUACUCUUCUUCACCACUUUCUGGGUUUCCUUUCUUCUUUGUUUCAUAUAUCAUUUCUGGGUGUCCUUCAAUUCCUUCAUUUUUAUCACUCUUUCAAUAAUCCCUUUCUCAGCCAAUUAAGUUUCCAUGGAUACUACCCUUUUCCAAGAUUUUCCCAGUUCCAUGUAUGGGUUCAAACUCGAUCAUGGAGCAGUACCAGUAUAUUCAAUUCACGACUUCGUCAGUAAUAAUAAUGGGUUUAUUAAAGAUAGUCCUCCACAGGUUGUUCCGAGUCCAGACUCACCUGUUGAGUCAGGGACAACGACGAAUUCAGAGGCACAUCCCCUUGAUAGCAUCCCUUUUGCCAAUGAGAUGCUCAAGUACAUAAAUGAGAUGUUAAUGGAAGAAGACAUGGAAGAAAAGACCUGUAUGUUGCAGGAUUGCUUAGCUCUCCAAGCCGCUGAAAAAUCGUUCUAUGAAGUCCUUGGCCAUGAAUAUCCACUUUCAACGGAUCCCAUCCCUGCAUAUACAGAUCAAAAUGGUGGUAGUCCAGGUGAUUUCAACUCCUCUUUGAUCCAAACAUCUCUUGUUGAUACUCUUGAAAGGACCUCUUUGUUCCCAGAUUUACAAAGAGGGAUCCCCCCAUCAAUAGAGCCUUCUGGCAGCAGCUUAUUAGGGUCAAAGGGAAGGAAAAAUUAUGAACGAGGAGAUGUUGAUGACUUGGAACAAGGUAGGAGCAACAAGCAAUUUGCUGUUUCUCUUGAAGAUUCAGAGCAAACAGAUAUGUUUGAUGAUGUACUGCUUUGCAAAGGUGAAAACGAGGAUGAUCCAAGGUGUUCUCUUAAUAAGAGUUCGCAACAUGUUUGGCCGCAGAAAGGGACAUCCAAAGGUGGAACAGCACGCAGGAAGAACGGCAAGAAAAGUGAGGUGGUCGAUCUGUGGAGUCUCCUCACUCAAUGUGCACAAGCUGUCGCCAUUAAUGACCAAAGGACCGCAAAUGAGCUGUUGAAACAAAUAAGUCAAAACUCUUCUACAACUGGAGACGGAACCCAAAGAUUUGCUAAUUACUUUGCAGAUGCACUUACGACACGUUUGGCUGGGAUGGGGGCACCAUCGUAUUCACCAUUGGUAAGCAAUAGGACAUCAGCUGCUGAUAUCUUAAAAGCUUACAGAGUUCUUGUUUUAGCUUGCCCUUUUAAGAAAAUGAUGCAUUUCUAUGCGAAUAAGAAGAUAAUGAAGGUUGCAGAAAAGGCAACCACACUCCACAUCGUUGAUUUUGGCAUUUGUUAUGGUUUUCAAUGGCCUUGCCUCAUACAGCGUCUCUCAGCAAGAGCUGGUGGACCUCCCAAGCUUCGUAUUACCGGCAUCGAGUUCCCACAACCGGGAUUCCGACCAGCUGAAAGGGUUGAAGAGACCGGACGUCGCUUGAAAAGAUAUUGUGAGAGAUUCAAAGUCCCAUUUGAGUACAACGUGAUAGCAAAGAAAUGGGAAACCAUCCAACUGGAAGAACUAAAGAUCAAGAAAGAUGAAGUUGUCAUCGUGAACUGCAUGUAUCGGCUAAAGAACCUCCCCGAUGACACACUGUCAUCAACCAGUGCGAGGGACAUUGUUCUGAAACUGAUCAGAAGCAUCAACCCAGAGUUUUUCAUCCAUGGGAUUUCAAAUGGGACUUAUAAUGCUCCCUUCUUUGUCACAAGGUUCCGGGAGGCACUCUUCCAUUUCUCAGCUAUUUUUGAUAUAUUUGAGGCAAAUGUGCCUCGGGAUGAUCCACAAAGGAUGAUGUUUGAGAGGGAAAUACUUGGGAGGGACAUAAUGAAUGUUGUUGCAUGUGAGGGAAUCGAGAGGGUUGAAAGGCCAGAGACAUACAAGCAAUGGCAGGCUAGGACACUGAGGGCAGGGUUCAAGCAGAUUCCAUUGGAUCAGGAGCUUGUGAAGAAAGUGACAAAUAUGGUCCAAUCCAAUUAUCAUAGGGAUUUUAUCAUAGAUGUGGAUGGCCGCUGGAUGCUGCAGGGAUGGAAGGGGAGAGUUAUUUUUGCCCUUUCAUGUUGGAAACCUAUGAAGAAUUAAAGGUCAUGAGGAACUAUAGGGAGCAAAUUGCAGAUUAGUGUAGAUUAUUCAGUAGACUGAGACUCACUAUCCUAUUUGAUGUAAAUAUAGAGUCCUAGAAGUAAAGAUUUCAUGUGUGUUGAUUGUUGAAGCUCAUCAUUACCAAUAUACUACUUCGAAUGAAUUCAAUUGCAUUCAGAAUAA